AUGAGCAGCCUGCGACAGUUCAAGGCCACGGACCUCUUCAACUUCAACGCCAUUAACUUGGACUCGUUGACCGAAACUUACAACAUCUCGUUCUACCUCUCAUACCUCGCCCGAUGGCCCGACCUGUUCUCGGUCCAAUGCACGCCCAACAACAACCUGAUGGCCUAUGUCAUGGGAAAGGCCGAGGGCAAGGACACUGACUGGCACGGACACGUCACCGCCAUCACUGUGGCUCCCGAAUACCGUCGCUUGGGUCUUGCCCAGGGCAUGAUGGACCUUUUGGAACGUGUCUCCGAAUACCCGUACGACGGAUACUUUGUCGAUCUGUUUGUCAGACGGUCCAAUAAGGUCGCCAUCGACUUUUAUACCCAACUAGGGUAUUCGAUCUACAGGACUGUUGCAGGAUAUUAUAAUGGCGAAACUGAAAACGAGGACGCCUUUGAUAUGCGAAAGCCGCUGAAGAGAGAUGUAAACCGGCAGAGUGUACGCGAGAACGGCGAAAACUUUAUAGUCCAACCGCACGAAGUACAAUUCUAG